CCGCUCUGCCGCCGCUCGUCCCCGAUCAGUUUAAGGGGCGUGUGCGCGCUCCCGAGUCACCAGGAAAUAUGGCGGCGCUCAUGACGACCAGUCAGCUAUCAGGUGGAUACCCAGCCUAUGACAGCUACUACAGGAAGCUCGAUCCAGGAAACACAGGGAAAAUAUCAGCCGGCGAUGCAGCUCAGUUCCUUAAAAAGUCAGGGCUGUCAGACAGUACAUUGGGAAAGAUUUGGGAUUUGGCCGAUUCCGAAAGAAGAGGCUAUUUGGAUAAGAGGGGUUUCUUCAUAGCUCUGAGACUAGUGGCGUCAGCACAGGGUGGAAAUGACAUCAGCCUCCACAACCUCAACCAAAACCUAGGUGUACCCAAAUUUAUAGACACAAACAGUCCUUUAUUAAGUGUUUCAACCGCUGCACCUGACUCUCAGUGGGCCAUUAGGCCUGAGGAAAAAGGGAAGUUUGAGGGCAUUUUUGAGAGUCUAUCACCUGUAAAUGGACUCCUGCCGGGUGACAAAGUCAGGCCCAUUUUGCUAAACUCCAAGCUACCUCUGGAUGUGUUGGGAAAGAUUUGGGAUCUAAGUGAUUUUGACAAAGAUGGACUGUUGGACAAAGAAGAGUUUACAGUGGCUAUGCAUCUUGUGUAUCGUGCCAUGGAGAAGGAGCCUAUCCCAACAUCCUUACCAACUAACCUCAUCCCCCCAUCUAAAAGAAAGAAGACUGCAGGAGCACUUCCAGGUGCUGUGGCUGUUCUACCUGCUCUGUCUGGGCUGAUGGCUGGCCCUGUUCCUCUUAAAGAUUCCCUGCGAAGCACUCCUCCUCUGGGCAGCAGUGCCCUCCAUAGCAACAAUACUGUCAACCUGUCACCAAAACACUCCUUUAAAUCCAGCACACCGCCUGUUGUGAACUGGGUGGUACCGCUGGCCGACAGGGAAAGAUACGAUGAGAUCUUUAAGAAAACUGACUCUGAUAACGACGGCCUGGUUACUGGGACUGAGGUGAUUGAGAUCUUCAUGCUGUCCACUCUCUCGCAGACCAUGCUGGCACAGAUAUGGGGACUUGCUGACACUAAACAGACGGGCAAGCUGAACCGGGAGCAGUUCUCCCUGGCCAUGUAUCUGAUCCAGCAAAAGGCCACUAAAGGUGUAGACCCUCCCUCCAGCCUAACCCCCGACAUGAUUCCCCCCUCAGAGAGGCCUGCAGCUUCAGCAGCGGGUCAAAGCUAUGUGGGGUUUAUGCCAGCUGUGAGACCUGACCUUGCCUCACUCACUCAUAUGCGCAGAGACAGCAACAGCUCCACAGGGUCUGCUGAGCUGACAGGCUUCAAAGAGCUGGAUGACCUCAGCCAGGAAAUAGCUCAGCUGCAGAGAGAGAAAUUCAUUUUGGAGCAAGAGAUCCGGGAAAAGGAGGACACCAUGAGACAACAAAACAGUGAUGUUCAGGACAUGCAGAAUGGCCUGGACAGGGAGAGCUGCAGCCUGCAGGACCUGGAGUCACAGAAACAGGAUGCCCAGGAGCGUCUGGAGGAGAUGGACCAGCAACGCUCCAAGCUGGAGGGGAUGCUCAAUGACGUCAAGCAGAAGUGCCAGGAAGAGUCCCAGCUGAUCUCGUCACUGCACAGCCAAAUCCACUCUCAAGAGACAGAUCUCCGGAGUCAGGAGGAUGAACUGAGCCGCACUAAGAUGGACCUGAGCAGGCUGCAGGAGGAGGAGGCCCAGCUGGAGCAGAGCCUGCUGACUGGUCGAGUGCAGCUGGACAGCAUCAUCAAGUCCCUCAAAACCACUCAGGAAGAGAUCAACCAGGCCCGCAGCAAGCUGUCCCUGAUCCAGGACAGCCAAAAGGAGAUGACCAAGACCAUCGAGCAAUACAACGGCGCUUUGAGCGACAUAAACGGUGGAAACGUCAGCAACCUGCCCGACUUAAGUGAAGGGUUCGCUGAGAGGCAGAACGGAGGUUUCCGAAGUGUGGAUGACUCUUUUAAGUCAAAGUUAGCCAUGUUCAACAACAGCAGCAGCGCUAAGCAGCCUCCAGUAGACCCCUUCCAGACAGAGGACCCCUUCAAGGCCGACCCCUUUAAAGAUCCGUUUGGAGAUCCUUUCAAAGAAAGCGAUCCCUUCAAAGGCACCUCAUCCGAUGAUUUUUUUAAGAGUACAGACAAGUCAAACGCAUUUGGAUCCUCUGAAGCAUUUGGUAGAAAACCGACGCCGCCAGCAAAGCCAAGUGCCUUCAGCAGCAGUGACGCUUUCACAUCAAACAGCCCCAAACCAAAGGACUCAGAUGUGUUCGGGACAACAGACCCCUUUGGAAGCAACUCCUUUGGAAGUAAGGGGGGCGGAUUUGCUGACUUCAGUCAGAUGUCAAAGAAGUCAGACAACCCUGUUCUCCCAUCAAAGAAAAAUGUGCCUAAUCGGCCCGCACCUCCCUAUGUAGGUAUGCUCAGUUUGACCGCAUCAGAGGCGUCCCUGAGCGUUGGCUCCACAGCAGACAGUACAGGCUCGUUUGUUACAACUCACUCGAGUAAUGCAUCCAAAGACUGUCCUGUGGGUUUUGCAGAUUUUGCCUCUGAUCUGACUAUGACGAGUUUGGAAAUGAGAGCCAGCAGCUGGAAUGGGCCAAGCGGGAGAGCGAGCGUGAGGAGCAGGAGAGGCUGAGGCGGCUGCGUCUCCAGGAGCAGCAGGACCUGGAGCUGGCCAUGGCUCUCAGCAGGGCCGACAUGCCCAGCUCCUGAGCAGGCACCCCCCCCCCCCCCCCCCACCACAGCUUUUAGCCCUCUUCCUUACAGUCUCUCUUGUCCUCCGGCUCAUGACAACAGCACCCACACUGGCCCAACAUGACUAGCAGCCCUGUUAACAAUUUGUGUAAGAGACCAGUGUUUCUACGCCUCGACUGGACUCAAGUCAAAUAACUCCAUAUUCAGCAAGCAUUUCAGGUGUAUUGCUCCCAAACUUCAAGGCGCCUAUAAUCAGGGACAAUACGCAGCAAACUUAAUUUAAGCCUGGCUCAUCCUGCAAAAACAUAAAAUGCCAUUUAAUGCAACCCUGAGUACUCGAAUACAACCUACAGUAUAUCUAACAUUCAUAAUAGUCCAAUCACCCUCAAUAUCUGAGGGCCUCUGUCUUACAAAAAGUAACUUUUAAGAAUACUUUACAGUUUUAUUUAUAUGUGAAAGCAACAAAUCUGUUGUGUAAGAAGUACCUGUAAAGGAAAUGUAUAAACUGUUUUAUAUAACCUUUAGUUUUUCCAGAAAAACUCCAUUGAAAGUCAAACUAUACAGGCUUACUAUUUAAUUUAGCCUUUUAUUGCCUAGUUUCAAAUGUUUAGUUUUAAGGCGCUCCGUUAUGUACUGUAAAUACGGUUAGAUGAUGGUUUUAUGUUCACGGUUUGGGAAAAGCCUGAUUCGUCUUUUUAAUGCAAACCUGUCUUUAAAGGAGCAGAGCUUUGUAAUCAGAUCAUCAGUGGUAAGAUUUAGUAUUUUAAGUCUAAAUGUGUUACACGUGUUUUUAGCCAUUUGUGCCGGCUUCAUCAACUAUUUAAGGCCUUAAAGUGAUAAAUAUUAGAGCAUAAUCAAACCCUCAGCUUGGAUACAUUUAUGUAAGAAAACAAUGUUUUUGGGAACCCUGAUUAGCGUUUUAGCCUUUACAUAUAUUUAGCUGAAUGGAGUUUUUGCCUUGUUCAGUAAUACAGAUGCUAGUGAUAAUCAUUGAAGUCUUCCUUUCCUCUGAACAAAGUUCAGCCCACCUGCAGCGCUGUCUCACCGUCCCUCUCUGAUGUCAACAGCUUGUGUCUGUCAGGCUGUUUUUCAUUGGUUGCCUUGUUGUAACGCCCAACGACAACUUGCACUCCCAUACAACUAAAGCCUCUAUAAAAUGGAAUGAAGUGUAAACCUGUGUUGUUUAUACUGGUGCUGUUACACAUAACUGUCCCUUACUUCUUCACACUACCACAGUGACGUCUGCUUCCGACUUUUUGCCAAUCUUUUCUGGCCCCUCAGAUCAACCAGUGGAUCUCUUUUUCCCUGAUGGAUUAUUUUUUCUGUUCAGUUUUGUCUUAUGAUCCAGUUGGAGGACAUUUCUUGAAAUGCCUUAAAAUGUUGUAUCUUUGUAACUAAGAAACACUAAUCAGGUUUAUUUGGCACAUAAUGUUCACACUUGUAUAUUCUAGAGCUUACUGGAUAUGUACAAAGUGACAGCGCCUUAUUUAUCAUCAUAUCGGCAUUGUAUCAUUUUAAUAUUGCACAGUAUGUAUGUGAUUCUUUAAAAAACAAAACUCAGAGGUUUGACACGCUCAGAUCUGUUAUAACUUUCAAUUGAAUAAAAGUGAUCUUUGAAAUCCUU